AUGCUCCACAACAUUCUACUCAUCAUCAUCCACACCUUCAAUUGGUUAGACUCACUACAUCCUUCCUCUUCCACUCCAUCUUCUGCUCCUGCUCCUCCUGCUCCUCCUCCUCCUUCGCCGCCGCUACCUCAGCAUAAAUUAUUAUCAUCUCGACCCCUGCUUCUCCUCCUUCUCUUCACCAUCAGCACCAUAAUCAUCGUCAUCAUCAUCACCAUCAGCAUCAUCAUCAGCAUCAUCAUCAUCAUCAGCAUAGACAUUGACAACAGAGAAAAACAACGAAACCGGCAUCAGCAUUGGCAGACUUGUUUGUUUCACUUGUGUCUUUCUGUACCAGUCGGCAUCGAUUGGAUCAGAUCGUCAGAGCACAUCUGCCCUGACUGGCAGGAAAUGCGCUCUCGCGCCUCAGACUCCGUUCACGCCUUCUCAGUCGGGUUGUCGGGUCUCUUGUGCCACUCUACAGACAAUCGAUAA